AUGGACGAAGAUGUGAUCAUUUCUGACGGAAACCUCGCCCACGACUCCAGACUGGUGAUCAUCCCUCCCUCCAGCCUUCACACCCUCCUCAAUAGGAUCUUGGGCAACCCUGCAAACCAAAACGUGUCUGGCGCCGUCCUGGUUGACCCCAACUUCGUUGAUACCAUAUUGAAUUUGUUGGCAACUAACAAGCAUAAUGUUCGAUGA